AGCGAACGUUUCUUCUUCUCUCGCUAGGUGGCCGCGUGGUUAUUGGAAAUGUUAGAACGUCGCGUAUGUCUGACAGUGGAUGCGGAAACCGGUCUUAGUGAGGACGUGGAGAGAAGACACUGCAACAUUCAAUUGAUCAGAAUUUCAUCUGUUAAAUGAAGUUAUACAUACGAUAUGUCUCUUCAUAUUGCUAACGGCUUGCACCUUAGCAAUUACGCAGCUCUGGCUGCUCUUAUAAAGAAUAACACUUUGGUCUACGACUAUUUAAAUAUAAGUGAAGAUUUCAAUCAAACCGAGUUUGAAGAAUAUAUCGAGCCUACCGAUUAUAUUACUAAUCUUCCCGCUUUUAGGGCAUUUUUUUAUUGUCUCUAUGUUAUAAUAUUCUUGUUGGGAAUAUGUGGAAAUGUGUUGGUGUGUUACGUUGUCUUUCGCAAUAAAUCCAUGCAGACUGUCACCAACUUCUUCAUAACUAAUCUCGGUCUAUCUGAUAUCCUUCUGUGCACCUUCGCUGUACCUUUCACACCACUUUACAUGUUCAUGCAAGAAUGGGUGUUCGGAGCAGUUUUAUGUCGACUAGUACCAUACGCUCAAGGAGUGAGUGUGUACAUCUCUGCUUUUACUUUAAUGUCGAUCGCCAUCGACAGAUUCUUUGUCAUUAUUUAUCCAUUUAAACCUCGACUUCAACUCAACGUUUGCUACAUGAUCAUCGUCUCUAUUUGGAUUACCGGUGCCUUACUUACUCUUCCAUAUGGUAUCUUCAUGAACAUGAUAUUAGCAGAUAAUGGCAAAUGGUACUGUGACGAAGCAUGGCCUUACGAAUCUAAUCGUAGAGCGUUCGGUUUUUCCACCAGCAUUCUUCAGUUUGUAGUACCGUUCAUCAUCAUCACCUUCUGCUACAUGCGUGUUUGUGGAAAGCUCAGAAGAAGAGCCAAGGCCAAACCGGGUGCUAAGUCUCAAAAGAAGGAAGAAAUGGAGAGAGAGAGAACCAGAAGAACUAAUCGGAUGCUGAUAGCCAUGGUUGUCAUCUUCGGAGCCUCGUGGCUACCCAUCAACAUGUAUAACCUUAUAGUUGACUUUUACAUCCCCGCUUCGAAUUGGAAAUAUCUGAGCGCUUUCUUUUUUCUUUCUCACGCAGUAGCCAUGAGUUCCACUUGUUAUAACCCCUUUCUGUACGCUUGGUUAAACGAAACCUUCCGCAAGGAAUUUAAAACUGUUCUUCCUUGUUUCACUACUCCGGUUGCUUCUGGUAGAUUCCAUAACGUAGGUCAGAAUCGGGCAUGUAAUGGUCACGAAACAGCAUUAGAAACACUUCUUCCAAAAAAUACGAUCAAGAUACAAGUAGAUAAAAUCCCCUCGAUUGCUACAUAAAUAUUUAAAUAUAUGAUAAUUCCUUAAAAACUUAUAAAAUAAAUAUAAAAUUUUCUGCUCUUUGUUAACAUUUCAAAAUAGAAA